GCGGUGCUGGGCCCCGGUGCGCAGCCGCCGCCAUCGCCGUCACCAGUGCCACCAGUGCCACGGCUCUCACGGCUACAACCGGUGUCCCUGGUGCCACUGCAGCCACUGCUGUCGCUGCAGCCACUGCUGUCACUGCAGCCACUGCUGCCACCGCCGCCAUGCCGCUGCGCGUCUCCGUGCUCUACUGUGGGGCCUGAGGCUACAGACCCAAGUAUGAGCGGCUCAGGAAGGAGCUGGAGGCACGCUUCCCUGGCGCGCUGGACGUGAGCGGCCAGGGGACGCCGGAGGUGACGGGAUGGUUCGAGGUGACGGUGGCCGGCCGCCUGGUGCACUCCAAGAAGAACGGCGACGGCUUUGUCGAUAGCGAUGCCAAGCUGCAGAAGAUCGUAGCCGCCAUCAAGGCCUCCUUGCCGUAGGCGUCAACGGACGCCCCGCUGCUGCCUUUACCGGCCUAGCGAAGCACCACGAGCGUCUGCCUCGCUUGGGUCAGCCGAGCGCUCCAUGACGGGAGCCGCCGAAACGUCCGCGGACACCGGGUGGUUUCCAGACCCCGUGCGCAGGAUGCUGGCCGGAGGGAGGCGGACGGCCGUCGAGCUUCGCACCCCAGCCUGUUUUUUUUUUAUUAUUAUUAUUUUUUUGGUUUGGUGUUUUCCUGCACGCUGGUUUUGUUCACCGUUGAGGCGGUCGCUCUCACUUCAGCGUGCUGGGGUGAGCGAUUCCGCCUUUGCACGGGCCGCUAACUCGCACAGAAAGCUUCUGCCGAGCCUGCUGGGUUGAAACGUAAGGAAAUAAGGCUCAAUAUUCAGGAAUUCUUCAGUGGGCAGCGCUUCUGGCUUGGGUUUAAUGAGGUAUGAGACACGCGAUUCUCAGGGCUUGCCCAAAAUAACACUAACAUUUUUUCUCCCCUCUGCCCAGCAGCAGCUCGGCGGAGAGCUUCUGCCCUGCCAUCUCAGUUGCCUUCUGUAAGUGUGUCACUGUUUGGGGACGUUUCUCAAUAAAAGCUGUGGAAACUUUGA